CGCAGCCACACCCUCCUCACAAGCGUGCAGUUGUGCGGGGCUGUGACGGUCGGUGCGUGCGUGCGUCUCCCUCCCCUUCUUCGUCGUCGGGCACCCGCAGCAUCAGCAACACAAAAGGGUGGAAGAAGGAGCAGAAGGAGCCGAGCUGCCCUCAGUGCGGGAGGGGAUAGAGCAGGACGAACAAUAAGAGAGACGACGACAGGGCAAAUUCCAGCCCUUCAGACGACUGUUUGGGAAGAAGAAGAAGGAGCGGAAGGCGAAAGGGGGCUUUGAUGGAGCAGAGCUGAAGGCGAGUGUUUCUACUGGGGAAGUGUCCAAUGGACUCGUAUCUGAUGAUGAGGAGUCCAAUCAAAAUCUGAGGGGGUUGAAUCCCAUCGGCUCUCGAGCUCUCUCCCACGACAGCAUCUUCAUCCCAGAGGAGCCGGCGACAGAGCCUGGUCUGGAUCACAGCAUGUCCCAGGAAAACGUAUCGGAUAAGGUUCGGAAUCUGCAGAGGCAGAUAGCACAAGGUAUAAAGUUUGGCCAGAGGCCUUCUUCCAUGAGAAGGAGUGAGGGAGAUGAGGGAAGUUCAGACGAGGAAGAGAUUCCCCGGAGCCCUCUGAAGGUGUCGGCCCAGGUGGAGGCCGAGCCACCAAAAACAGAACCAAAGCAGCAGGUGCAAGGUGCUCAGGCACACACCAGCCCAGUGAAGUCCCCGAGAUCCAAACGAGUUCUUCCACCCUGUGGUACGAUUGAGUCCAUCAAUCUGGACGCCGUGCCGCAGUCUGCUCCUCGCUUAGACAACACAGCUGCCAAGCAUAAGCUGUCCGUCAAACCAAAAAACCAGAGAAUCUCUCGCAAGCAUCGACGCGUCACACAGGAACUCCAAGACAUUUCCAUCCCUCGUGUUCUUCAAGAGGACCUGGAGGCAGCAGGAGGGUCUAGUGAUGACCAGCGCAGGGCUUCUGUCGAGUCCCUAGAUGGCUUCAAGAAACAGAGACUCCAUGAGGAGGAAAGACAGGAGACAAGGAGGAAUAGAGAGCUGGAGGAGCAGAGGCUCAGACAGGAGGAAGACGGGAGGAGGAAGAGGGCGGAGGAGAUGAGGCUGCGUGAACUAGAGGAGGAAAACCAGAGGUGUCGUGAGCAGCAGGAGGAGGAAGAGAGAAGGCAGAGAGAGGAGGCAGAGAGGAAGCUGAGGGAGGAGGAGGAGGAGAGGAAGAUUAGAGAAGAGGAAGAAACUAGGCGGCGAGAGGAGGAGGAGAAGAUCCAUAGGGAGGAACAGGAAAGGAGAAUGCGAGAAGAGGAGGAGCGUCGACAGAGGGAGGAGGAGGAGGGGAGGAAGCGACUGGUUGAGCAGAGGAGGAAAGAAGAGGAGGAAAGGAGGAGACGUGAGGAGAAAGAAGAGGCUGAGAGAAGGAGGAAGCUGAGAGAGGAAGAGGAGAAAAGAAAAAAGGAGGAGGCUGAGAAGCUAAGGUCGCAAGAGAUGGAGGAAAGGAAAAAAGUGGAGGCAGAGGAGAUGAUGAGAAGGGAGGAGGAGCAGAGGAGGAUGUUUGAGGAUGCUGAUGGAAGUCCAGAUUCACAGGAGAGGAAGAGGAGGGCCGAGGAGCUGCGAUGGAGGGAGAUGGAGGAGAGACAGAGGCCUUUCUCUUUCAAGGUUUCUUCUGGAGAAAAGCAGAUUUUGUUCCAGAAGGUCAAUCUCACGCCUGUUACGCCGGCCUCAGGCUACCAGAGUGGUGCUGUGGCUGAACAGAGAGAUGGAGCUAAGGCCUUUUCCUCUGAGGGACCAGAAUCCCCCAACCUGCCAGCAUCUCCAUAUGUCCCCCACACAGCCAUCUUAGUGACGGGCGCCCAGCUCUGUGGGACGGCCGUCAAUUUAGACCAGAUUAAAGACACCGCCUGUAAGUCUCUGCUUGGUCUGGGGGAGGAUAGAAAGGCCCAGGGUACACCGCCAACCAAGAGUAAAACGUCUCCGGACCGCAAGUCUGGCAAAACCAAAUCACUCACAGAGUCUGCACUCUCUACAGACAAGUCCAGUGCAGCCGUCCUGGCAGAGUGGGCGAGUAUCCGAUCCAAGAUAUUCAAGGGAGUGGAAGAUGGCAAGUAUGACGACUACCCAGACGUGAACAAAAACCAGCCUCAGCCCUGCAGCGAGGACCAGCUCUCCCACACCAACCUCAGGAAGACCAUGUCUGCCAGCGCCAAGUUCUCCAUCACCCCCGCGAAGAAGAAGUUUGGCGAUUCAAACAGGAACUCUGAGGUGUUCAGUUCUGACGCAAAGGAAGCGGAAGAGGAAGCUACUUUGUCUGACAGCCCCACCGCUGAAGUCUCUGCAGCUCCAACCAGCAAACCUCAGAGCAAGACGAGUAAAACGGUCCGCAUCGCGGAAAGAGGGUCAGAGGAAUGUAUGUUUGCCAAAGACCUCCCCUCUUUCCUGGUUCCCAGCCCUGGAGCCAAGUCUGACGGGGCAGAGCUGAGGAGCAGGGCCCAGAGUGAGAUAGUGGCGUCAGAAAGUAGAGAGGAGGGAGAGGAGCAGGGCCAGGGCAGUGAGGUCUCACCUUUUGGAAUAAAGCUGAGGAGGACUAACUUUUCCCUGCGUUUUCACAGCGAACAGUCCACUGAGAAAAGGAAGAAACGCUACAGUGCUGGGGACUGCUUUGACGGCGUCCCUUCACCUCUCACCCCCAUCGAGCCCGACCUUGAUGCAUCCUCUGUCUUCUCAAGUCCUGCGUCUCCCCAGCAAGAAGGUGCGGUCUGCAAGUUCUUACAAGCGUGUGCCUCCCCCGUCGGCCCUCGGGCUAAACAGGGAAAGUCUACCAGCCCGACCGCACACAGCGAAAGUGAGACAGUGCUUUCAAAACCACCGAUCUACCGAAGACCAACCACGUCACCCAGAGCUACCGGAUCAGUCCCGACUCCUCCCCCAUCGCCGCUGCCUAAAGUGGUCCACGCGCCUCCCAGCGAUGCCCUGAUCCAGAGGACAGGAGCCAGGGAUUCAUACAGCCAGGAGCCAACAAGCAGGAGCGAGGAACCUUCAGCGGUGGCCCACUUGCACCGGAGCAGUCAUGGCCAGGUCCAAGUGGAGGAGGAGGUGAAGGAAAAGAGAUCCUUCUUCCCCUCUAUCAACAUCCCCUGGAGAGACAAGGCGGACAGAAAGACAGAGCUCAUCAGAAAAGAAAAACCGUCCCUGCAGAGCAGACACUCACUGGACAGUGCCAGGGUGCAGGAGAAGGAGGCCGGACCCAUGUGGAUCACUCUGGCUCUGCAGAAGCAGAAGGGUUUCAGGGAGCAGCAGCAGAACCGAGACGAGCAUCGGUGCCAAAGAGAGACCAAGCUGGCUCUGAAACAAGCUCGAGAUAGAGACAGUGUUACUCUGCUGAGUCCCACGGAGAGCAAAGGCAGUGGGAGGUAUAGUCCUUCUAAACCUCAGACACCAGAGGAGCCCAAGAGACCCGACAGCCUCUUCUGUCGUUUAGACCGCAAAGAACAACUGAAAAAGGCCAACACUUUACCCAGCUCUGUCACUGUUGAAAUCGCUGACUCUACACCGUCGCCACCUGCAGUCAAGGAGGUGUCAAAGCGCUUCCCCUCCAGUGACUCUCCGCAGGUGUCCACGGAGCCGGCCUGGCUGGCCCUGGCCAAGCGGAAGGCCAAAGCCUGGAGCGACUGUCCUCAGAUCAUCAAAUAACAUCCUGCUCCAGCUUAACACUCACUCACACACACACUCACAGUCUGCACACUGCCCAGAGUCAGCGUCACCCCUCCCUUCCCAAAACCUCCAGAUCCCACCAAUCACCAUGACAUAGCCCUCCAUCAGCUCAUAACCACACACACUGGCUGGUACUAUUAUCACGCUAAAGUGCGCUUCACAUUCAAAUAACCCAGUACAACUGCACAGAUAUAUUUAAACAACUGCUGCGAGCAUGCACAUCCUGUAUACAAAUACACAAUGUGUCACCAUGGUUGUGAAGAAAUCACUCGUGUGUGAAGCUCUCACAUGUGACAGUGUUCCGUCAGCAGAGGGUAACUGUCUGAAGUGUGUUUUAAGGGCUACCAGUAACAAUACUACUCAACAUGAGCCUGCUGAAUCUGCUUGUGGACAACGACUGAAGGAAUCGUUGCAGACUCUUAAUAUUUACGUGAUGCAGCAGAUUUGUGUUUGUGUUGAAACAAAAGCUGCAUCUCUGCUCUGAGCCUGUUUGUCAUGAACAAAAGAAGAAGACUUUUAUUUCUUUCUUUUUUUUUACUCAUACUGGAAAAACUUAGCGUAACAACUCUCACUGUGUCCGUGAUAACUGUGAUAGCUGUCAAUCAAGCUAUUGUACAAUUUUGCCAUUAUAAAGGAACAGGAUCAUAAUCACACGGUGGGUGCACCUAAACACAGCACUGAAGACCACAAGUGUUACUGGGCAUUUUACAGUGAGCCGCACACUUUCCUUGUGGCCGCGUCAUGACGUAAAACUGGAUUUGUUUGCUUUGCUAAGCGGAGAUAGACACAACGCCUGCCUGCUGUAACAUACGAUUCUUGUAGCCGUCCUCCUGUAACACACCGUUUGUAGGCUUACGCCAUCACUUCCUCGUAAAUGUGAUAUGAACUUCUUACAUGACGUAAAAGAAAAAAAGGAAACCCUCCAGCAUUCUCAUUUCCUGCCACUCACUUAAUGAUCUGUAUAUGUAUGUAAGUAUGUACUGUAUGUUAAAUCAAAAGCUUCAGUCAGAGGGGAGAGGCCCCUGCGCCUGAGUCCCUUUGUCAUUUGGUUUCUAACUAUGGUCGUGCACAAUAGUGUAGUGUACGCAGUGUUAUACGUAACAAAAAAAAUGUUUGGUAUUAUUUGCACUUUUUUGUCCCACUUAGAGGUAUUCAUGAGAAAAUUCUUAAAGAGAAACAACAUGUUAUGAAUAAU